CCACCGUCUUCGUCUCUCCGCCUCCCCUCUCGCUUUCCCUUUUGCUGACUUCUUACCGGCCUCGCGCUCGUGGGGGGUGGGGGGAGGGGGGCGGUCAAAAUUUUCCCCCUUCUUCUACUCUUCUUUCUCUUUCCCUUUUCUUCCCAAUCUCGCGUAAUUUAUAUAUCCACCACACGGGAAAACGAUGAUGAUGCUUUAGGAAUAGUGGGCAGAGGAAUUCGGGGCCUCUCUGGUGAUGAUGUCUCCGAGGAGGCCUUCUUCCCGAUGCUUGCUUCUUGGAUUUAUUUUGCUGCUGGUCCUGCUGGCGUUGAGCACAUCGGCGCGGGCCACUGGGGUGUUCAAGGUGCGGCGUAAGUUCGUCGGUCGCAGGCCCACCGUCGGCGAUCUCCGCGCCCACGAUAGCCGCCGGCACAGCCGGAUCCUAUCCGCCGUCGAUCUCCCCCUCGGCGGCCUCGGCCUCCCCACCGAUACCGGGCUGUAUUUCGCGGAGAUUGGGAUCGGGAUGCCGUCCAAAAAGUACUACGUGCAGGUCGACACGGGGAGCGACAUCCUCUGGGUGAAUUGCAUCUCCUGCAAGCGUUGCCCUCGGAAGAGCGACCUCGGUGUUGAGUUGACGUUAUAUGACCCCAAGGCAUCAGGGAGUGGCAGUUUGGUAUCAUGCCAGGAGAAAUUUUGCGUGUCCACGUAUGGGGACAUUCCUGGCUGCGAGGCUAGUUUGCCGUGCCAGUAUAGUGUGAUAUAUGGUGAUGGGAGUUCCACUUCUGGUUAUUUCGUGACAGACACCAUCCAGUAUAAUCAAGUAUCUGGCAAUCACCAAACAAAACCGGUCAAUGCAAGUGUUACAUUUGGGUGUGGUGCCCAACAAUCUGGGGAUUUGGGUUCAUCAAGUGAAGCACUUGAUGGAAUUCUUGGUUUUGGACAGUCAAAUUCAUCCAUGAUUUCACAGUUAGCUUCUUCUGGAAAAGUGAGCAAGAUAUUUGCUCAUUGUUUAGAUACUAUUAAUGGAGGAGGAAUCUUCACUAUUGGACACGUAGUACAGCCAAAAGUGAAAACAACACCUUUGGUGCCUGAUCAGCCACAUUACAAUGUGAAUUUGAAGGCAAUUGAAGUUGGUGGAGCUUUUCUGCAGCUUCCAACUGAUUUAUUUGACACUGGUGACAAGAAAGGGACUAUAAUUGAUAGUGGUACAACAUUGUCUUAUCUACCAGAGGUUGCCUAUAACGCACUAAUGAAUGCAGUACUCUCUAAUCGUCCAGAUUUGAAUUUCUUCACCAAUCAGGACUUUCGAUGUUUCCGAUAUACUGGAAGUGUGGAUGAUGGAUUCCCGGAAGUUGUUUUUCAUUUUGAGAACUCACUUUUGCUGAAUGUAUAUCCUCAUGAUUAUCUUUUCCAAAAUGGGGAUAAUAUUUACUGUGUUGGUUGGCAAAAUGGUGGGUUACAGUCUAAAGAUGGAAAAGAUAUGUUUCUUUUGGGAGAUCUAGUCCUAUCAAACAAGUUAGUUCUUUAUGAUCUUGAGAACCAAGUCAUUGGAUGGACAGAAUACAACUGCUCCUCGAGCAUCAAGAUUCGGGAUGACAAGAGUGGAGCAAUUUAUACUGUUGAUGCUCAUAACAUUUCUUCUGGCCGAAGAUUGCAGCUGGGGAGGUCCAUUUUGUUGUUGUUGCCAACCCUCCUGUGCUAUUUUAUUUGUUAAUCAGGAACAGCAAAUGCAUCAGUUUAGUGAGUUUGCUUCAUUCAUAUUCUUUUAUAGAAAAGAUGUCAGUAUAUUCUUGCUGUGAUUCUUGCUCGGUACUGAAGAAUCCUUCAGAUCAGAGACAGGUUCUCAUGCAGAAUCACCCCCACUGGAAUGUUAUUUGAACUCCGUGAUAUAACUUGUUACAAGUUAUCAAAUUCCAUUAUUCCA